AUGGCGCCCAGCGGUCAAGAUCUGCCCUGGGAGGAAAUCGGCGCAAGGAAGAGGGAAGCACUCUUGGCGUCUAUCCCCCCGGAGUGGCGCAUCCCGGCCGAUUUGCUUCCCCCGGAGACCCAAGACAGCGUCAUCGACUGGCCAGAGACCUCAGGCUGGCUCACGACUGACGAACUGGUUGUGACCAGCCUGACGGCCUCUGAGCUUGUAGCCAAGCUUGCCGCCGGGCACCUCAAAUCCGAAGCCGUUACAACCGCGUUCUGUAAGCGCGCCGCGGCUGCGCACCAGCUGACAAACUGUCUUUCGGAAACUUGCUUCGAUCGCGCCAUCGCGGCGGCCCGGGCCCGCGAUGAGCACCUUGCCCGCACCGGAAAGCCCAUCGGCCCUUUCCACGGCCUGCCAAUCUCGCUCAAAGACAGCUUCUAUCUUCGCGGACUGGACGCCACCCUCGGCUUCGCGUCGCACGUCGGUGACGCUGCAGAGUCCGACUCGGCCCUCGCCGAGCUGCUUGAGGGCGCCGGCGCAGUCUUGUACGUAAAGACAAACGUCUCGACAGCCAUGAUGAUUGGCGAGUCGGUCAACAACGUCUUUGGGCGGACGGUGAAUCCGCGAAACAGGCAGACGACGAGUGGCGGGAGUUCGGGCGGAGAGUCGGCCCUCAUUGCCUUCAGAGGCAGCCCUCUUGGCGUCGGCACAGACAUAGGGGGCUCGCUCCGCGUGCCUGCCGCGUGCACGGGCAUCUUCACCCUCCGUCCCUCGGUCGGCCGGUUUCCGGUCCGGUCGACCCGCUCGGGCAUGCCGGGCCAGGAGGCGGUGCAUUCGGUCAACGGCCCCAUGGCCGGGACGCUCCGGGACUUGGAGCUGUACUGCCGGGGCGUCUUGGGUGAGAAGCCGUGGCUCCGUGACCCGCGUUGCCUCCCCUUUCCCUGGCGGUCUAUCGAGCUUGCGGAACGACUGAGAAUUGCCGUCAUGUGGCACGACGGUAUGGUCCGGCCCACGCCUCCGGUUUCGCGGGUAUUGAAGGAGGUUGCCAGCAAGCUGAGAUCAGCCGGCCACGACAUUGUGGAAUGGGACCCGGUGGACCAGAGACACGGCGCUGACUUGUUGGGCCGCAUGUUCGUGGCCGACGGCGGCACCGCGAUCCGCCGGGAGGUUGAGCGCACCGGCGAGCCAUGGAGGCCGGAACUCGAGGCAUACAGAAUUGCCAAAGAGCUGGGCGUCUUCGAUAUGUGGAAGCUGCAUGCUGAGCGAACAGAGUUCCAGAACCGCUACCUGGACCGCUGGAACACGGCUAGCAUCGACGCCAUCCUUUGCCCGACCAUGGCCUUUAACACAGUCAGGAACGGCUACUUUAAGCACGUGGGAUAUACUGGAGUGUUCAACGUCCUGGACUACUCGUGUCUCUCCUUCGUGACCGGCUUAGCUGUAGACAAGGACAUUGACACGUCGGAUUUUACCCACCAGCCAUUGAGCCCCGAGUGCAAGGCUAUUCACGAAGAAUACGAUGCCGCCCUGAUGCAUGGAUUGCCAGUCAGUCUCCAGCUGGUCGCGCGAAGACUCGAGGAAGAAAAGGUGCUUGCCAUGGGCCAGUGUGUGCUCGAGGCCCUGUCCUCGGGCACGACUGGCGGGACAGGCGCGUAA